UUCUUCUGGGCGUUGGAUGCCAUCUAUCGCAAGCACUGGGCCAAGCCAAUCGGAGACUGUGCCACACCCGGGAACCCUCCCAGGUUGCGCGUAUUGACGCCGAAGAGCCGUAAAGAGGAUGGUGUCGCUCCUUGUGGGCUGUGGCGAAACUGCUACGACCCCGAGUGGCUAGCCAGCCUUUUCCCUCAUGUUCGGGAUUCGCUCAACAUCAUCGACGAGGACUACAACUUUUCUCUGAACGCUUAA